AUGUCGAUGAAACUUUUUGUUUCAAGUGUUUUGGUAUUAAUCAAUGCCAUUUGUGUUCAAUGUGUCUACAUGGAUGAAGCAUAUUUGACUGACUGGCAUUUAGCUAAUAUUGGUGAAUAUAGAUGUGUUUUUGAUAGUCAAAAGAAAGAUAAAUUGAUUAUAUUGUCUGAAAUUGAUGAAGGUACCGUGAUUACUUAUCUUAAUAAGACAGAUGGUACACCAACUGUCAGACAAAAAUUAUCCAGUGUGGUAGACGAUGUCUUGCGUUAUGGUGACAAUGACAUUUAUUUUAAAAGUGGAAACGACUAUAUUAAAUUCAAUGAUGAAGCAGGGCUAGAUUAUGAUGUAGUUACCAAAAAUUUAACAUCAUUAAACUCUAUUUGUUCACCAAAUUCGCAAAAUAUAAAAAUGGAUAAAAACAAUAUUAGGGUCAUCGACACAGAUUCAAAUUUAGAAUUGAUGAACGUUAAAUUACCAAAUAAUUUUACCUCAUUUGUAUAUGCAACAACGGAUGGCAUUGAAAAUUUAAGUGUUCUAUUUACUACAGGUGAAUUGAAAUAUAUGUUCCAAAACUAUAAAAAUGGUAAUAUAACUGAAUCUUGGGAAAGAAAUGAAUCGUUAACAGAUAUUGUGGCACAUGCAUAUGUAACCCUUCCAGAUCUGGAAUUACUGCAAACUUCAGAUGAGAUACUUGCCGAGUACACACUAUCUAAUCCAAUAUUCGCAUAUCUUCACAGAAUUAAAAAUAAUAUUAAUAGGAUAAUAUCUUUCAUUAGAAUGAAUAGAUUGUCCCCUGGCACUAUAUUAACAAAUAUCUUGUUUAGUGAUACAGUAGAUGGUUCAGAAACUAUUAAAACUAAACAAAAUUUCAAAUUUGGUUUUUCAAAAUUACUGAUUGUGGGAACUAAGAGAGGUCAAAUAUCAGCUUUAGAUAUUCUAAACGGUAAGCCGUUAUGGAACCUACAUCCAUUGGAUAAAAAGAUUGUUUCAAUUGAGUGGAAUUCAUCUAGUAAAGAAUUUAUUGUUGUUUAUGAAACUGGACAAUAUUUUGCAUACAAAUUAACUGAUUUUUAUGCACCAAUUCAAAGUUUCAAUGGCUCUUUAAAAUCGCAAGUUAGAAGUAUUAAUUUGUUAGAUGAUUCAUCUACCUUGUAUGUUAACUAUAAAAGUGGUGAUAAGGAAAUAGUAUCUUUGUCAAAAAGUGAUGACUUGCUUCAAAAUAAAGUUAUUUUUAUUACUGAUCACAAUGAAAGAGGCCUAUCCGGUCAUAUGCAAAAUUCUACAGAUAAGAUUAUGAAUACCUGGAAGAUUGAUAUUCCAAAAAAUGAAAAGUUAGUUGCAUACGCCAAGAGAAUUGACGAACCAAUUGCCAAUAUCGGUGUGGUUACAGGAAAUAGAACUGUUCUUUACAAAUAUUUAUAUCCAAAUUUGGUAAGUUAUGCAGUCGUAGACAAAGAAACUAAAUCAUUAUACAUUGAUAUCGUUGAUUCUGUAACAGGAUCUGUAUUAUAUACUCAAAAACAUGAUGAUUCUGUUAAUGAUAAACUACCUAUCAAUAUGGUAUUUGGUGAACAUUGGAUAGUAUAUUCAUAUUUCAGCUCCAAUCCAAUUCCAGAACAAAAGCUUGUUGUUAUCGAAUUAUAUGAUUCAUUGUCAUUAGAUGUCAGGGUUUCUGAUCCAAAUAAAACAUAUAAUCCAUUAGAUGGUAUCUAUAAACCAAAAGUUAUUACAAAAUCAUACUUUUUCCCAGAAAUCAUCAAGUCAUUGCAACUAUCUAAAACAAAAUUCAAUAUAGCAAGCAAAGCAAUUCUAAUAGAAACACAAGAUGGACAAAUGUCUUAUAUUCCAAAGUACAUUGUUGGUGCAAGACGUAAAGAAGAAAAAUUAAUGACUGAUGAUGAUAAAAAAGAGUUUAUGGCUGCCCCUUAUAACAGUAAUAUUCCAAGCAAUGAUCAUUUUGUUAUUACGCACUCUAGACAAUUACUUAUGGGCAACGAAUCAAUCAUUUCAUCAGUCGCCACAAACUUAGAGUCCACUAGUAUUGUCUGUAAUCUAGGACAUGAUAUAUUUUGUACUAAAAUAUAUCCAUCAUCCCAAUUCGAUAUAAUGAACCCAACCUUCGAGAAAGGCAAAUUAUUAUUAACUAUUGUAAUCAUGUCAUUAGUUUUGUUCUUUAUACGUCCAAGAAUGACAAUAAAACAAUUGAAAACAAAAUGGAUGGUAAGAGAUUGA